AUGGCUUUCUGGGGAGUUGAAGUGAAACCAGGAAAGCCAUUCGUUCAUGUGCCAAAUAAUGGAAGAAGGCUCCACAUUUCACAGGCAACUAUAGGGACUGGUAGUUCAGUGAAGAACAGUGUGGUUCAGUGUAAUGUAGGAAAUUCCAGCCCUGUUUUUCUUUGUUCUUUGUUUCCUGAAAAGGCUGAGAUAUCCCAAUUGCAUUUGGAAUUCGAGGAGACAGUUGAAGUUGUUUUCUCAGUUAUUGGUCCUCGCAGUGUUCAUCUUAGUGGUUACUAUCUUGGUGGCCGCAGCGGUCAACAUCUUCAUCCAGACGACGAGACGUAUCCUUUUGUUGGUCUACUGCUAGAAUCCUAUGGAGAAGAUAUUGCAGAUACAGAGACCGAAAGGUCUGCAAAUGGCAGUGACGAAGAUGAAUAUGAGGAUAGUUUCAUCAAUGAUGAUGAUGAUCAUUCAGAGAUCAAGUCACCUUCCACUGUUUAUACCAGCGAAGAGAUAUCUGAUAAGAAGAAAUGUAAGAAUGGUAAGGGCAGCCACAAACAUCUUAGGAAGAAAUUCCAAGUCAGUGAAUCUGAAGAUGAAGAUAAGAUGCCUAUUUCCUUCCUUCACGAAAGAGAAUCUGCGGUAAAAAGUAUGGGAUCAGAAAUAGAUGAAAAAAGUGAGAAAGAAAACGGCGAAACAAGUGAGAAGAAGGUGAAAGAUAAUGGCAACUGGAUAAUUGUAUCAAAGGGGAAUGCUGGUGCUGCUCAAGGUGUGUCCAAAACGCAGCCAGACGAUCACCUUUCUAUCCUACCUUCUUCUGAUAUGGGUUCUCAGAAUGGUGCAAAACGUAAGAAGAAGAGGGAAAAACAUUGCAAAGAGGAGAAACCACUUGAAGAUGACUUUUUCUUUGGCAGGGUUCUUGGUCAGCAGAAAUGCAUGCAGAGUGAGGUAGGGGCUGAAAAAUUGGACCUAUUUUUGCCUGUGACUAAUGAAGACCAGAAGACUACGAAUGAUAAAGGUGAUCUUGCUCAAUUCUCACUGGAAUCCUCUAAUGUGGUAUGUAGAAAUGUUGAAAAGCUGAAGAAUAGAAGGAAAAAGCAUGCAAAGGAGAAAGAUGCUGACAAUCAUUUGAGUUAUGAGCUUAAAGCGCAUCCAAAUAAGGCUGAAGCUAAAAACACUCUGCAGGAUGUGCUGGUGACCAAUAAAGAAAAUCAAAAGGACACAAAUGAUGUAGCUAAAAGCACUCUGCAGGAUGUGCUGGUGACCAAUAAAGGAACUCAAAAGGACACAAAUGAUGAAGAAGAUAAAGUGAAAGAUGAAGCUAAAGUUGAAAACACAGGGCAGGAUAUACCGUUGGCGAAGAAAGAAAAUCAGAAGCAAGCAAAUGAUGGGGCUGUCUUGCCAUGGAAUUCCAAUCUGCCUCCCGCUCAGUUGGACCUCGAAAGUGUUACAAAGCCAAAGAGGAAAAGGAAACAUGCAAUUAAGAAAGUUCUUGAUGCCAUUAAAGAUCAUGAAGGCAAGGAAGACGAUUUCAAGACUGACAGCUGUGACCAUGAACUAUCUGCACAAGAUGAGCAUGAAAAUGGUGCAGAGCCAAAGCGGAAAAGGAAAGAACGCAUAGAUAAGAAAAUUCUUGAAACUGACAUCGGUAGCCACGGUAAAGCCAUCAAAGAGGAAGAAGGCAAGCAAGAUGAGUACAAGUCUGAUAGUUUGGACCAUGUUGUGUCUCCGCUAGAGGAACAAAAUCAGAAGGAACAGAGCUUUGCUCACUCAGAGAAGAAAAAGAAGAGGAGGAAAAAUGAAGAUAAGAAGAAGCGCAAGACUCGGGAAAGCGUGGAAACUUCAAAUGAAAUCAAUGUAUAA